ACACCGGCCUCCACUUCCGUGCCAGCACGGCGGCGGCCGCGUCCCCAUGGCUGGUCCGGGCUCCAGUUCGGCUAUCCCGGUGUGGCUAGCCGAGGACGACCUGAGCUGCAUCAUCUGUCACGGGUUGCUAGCCUGGCCCACCACGCUGGCCUGCGGCCACAGCUUCUGCUACAACUGCCUGAUGAAAAUGUGGGGUGCCCGGGGUGCGGGCGUGGCUGAGCACUCUUGGGCCUGCCCCACGUGCCGCAAGGGCGCGGCGCAGCGGCCGCAGCUGAGCAAAAACACUCUGCUGCAGUACUUGGUGGACAAGUACAGCCGCGCCGCGCGGGAGCUGGAGGAGGGGUGGGAGCCCGCUGGAGACCACGCCCACCGCGCAAGCGGCGGCCACGCCUACAGCCACGCCCAGGAGCCGGAUCCCCAGCUCAGGCGCUGUGGAGAGCAGCCGCCGAUGGUGGGACAGAAGAACACCACAGAGGUCGCUCAGGAGCUGACAGAGCUGACUGGAGAGCUUGUAGCCAUUGUCAAGAGCCUGCAGAGGCAGAGGUGCCUCUCUGGAUCUGGAGCAGACAAUGAAUUGAGCAUCCUGGACAAGACUUCUCUACAAACCCUUUUCCUGGCUUCUCCAGAGCCAGUGAUUCCCAGUGCAUCUGAAGGAAAAACGAGAAAUAUUCUCCAAGAUCUAAAAGAAAUUCAGGAAAAAUUACAAAGAAUCCUCACAUGGAAUGCAGCUACCAAAGAACAAACACAGGUGGAUGUGCUGGCAGUGCCAUCUUCUUCCUCAUGCCCACUGACUGGCCAGAACUUCCCAGCAUCCAGGAGAGCCUCUCAGUGGGCCAUCUAUCCAAGCUUUGACUUGAGAACUCUCUCCUGUAGCCUGGAGGUAUCUACAGAUUGCCGGACAGUGACAGUGUCUCACCAGCUACAAUCCUAUCUCUGGACACCUGAGAGGUUUUCUAUUAGCCAGGUCUUAUGUUCCCAGGCCCUGUCUUCUGGGCAGCAGUACUGGGAAGUAGACACUAGUUCCUGUAGCCACUGGGCAGUUGGAGUGGCUUCCUGGAGCAUGAACCGGAACCAGAGGCUGGGAAGGACUAUGGACUCUUGGUGUAUAGAGUGGAAGGGCACAGGCCAAUUCUCUGCAUGGACCAUGAACAAAAAAACUGACCUGGACCUAGACCGGCCUAGGGUGGUAGGCAUCUGGCUUGACCUUGAGCUAGGCAAGCUGGCCUUCUAUUCAGUGGCCAAGAUAAAGAGGUUUCUAUUUGAGUGUGAGGUUUCUACCUCUUCUUGUCUGCACCCUGCCUUCUGGCUGUAUGGUUUAAGUCCUGGAAACUCCCUGUCUAUAAAGCAAGUAGAGACAUAAAAGUUCCAAAAGGUUUAAAACACACCAGCUUCUCCAUUUCUUUACCUGCCUUCAAGCAGUGCGGCAAGUUGACUUAAGAAAUCUCACUUUGGAGGCUAGGAAUGUGGCUUAGUGAUAGAGUGCUUGCCUAGCACGCAUGAAGUCCUGGGUUCGAUUCCUCAGUGCCACAUAAACCGAAAAAGUAGG